AUGCAAAUGUUCAUGAUUGCUACAUUCUCUGUGAUAAUUGCUACGCUGGAAGAUGGGAUUGGUCAUUGGGUUUCCAAGGAUCGUUUUGCUGCAAAGCGUCUGCAUGCUCUUGCUGCAGAGCUCGAUGGUCCGAAGAGACGUAUUAUUGAAGAGCAGAGUGCAUUUAGAGCAUUGUUGAAUGUAUCUCCAUUCAACAUUCCUAAUGCUCUAAUAGACUUUGUUGCCUCUCAUACUAGCCCUGGUUUGCGGGAGUUCAAGUUCCACAAGAAGAGGAUAGUUUUCACAAAAGAUAUGGUGAGGAAAGUUUUUGGAAUUCGAUGCGGCGACAGACUUGUUGUUCAGAAGAAAGGUGAGCAUCCUCAGCUGCGGCAGAUAUACAUAGAAGAAGGACAAUCAAGGCCUUUCAUCCAGCAUGCCGUUAAAUUGCUCAAGGCUUGUGAUGUUACGGAUGACCUCACCAUUAUCAGAACAUGGGAUCUUAUAUGUUUGGCUACGGUUAUUGCCCCUGGUAGCGCAAAUCUGAUUAGCCUUGACUAUUUGGACUGUAUGUUGGACCCUCGGAGGACUCACGAGUUUGCAUGGGAUGAACACUUGCUUGACUUAGCAAUGCAGGAGGUUACAAAAAUCAAUAGCAAGACAACAGAGGUAGUGGUACCAGGAAAUGCUAGGAAAAAUGAGUUUUGGAUCACUGGACCGUUCGCCCUUCUAGCUGUUGUCUACAUGGAUCACCUUGAUUUUCCACCAAACCAACAUGUCAUUAACUACUCAAUUCCUAGAGUAUGUUUUGUGACCAGUAGUGAUUUCAAGUUUGUUGUCCAAAAUGAUGCUGAUAGGAAGAUCCUGAAUAAUAAGACUGUUUUUGGAAGGCGUCCGUUUCUUGAACUGUCAAACACUCCUUAUGGAGUUGCUGCUUUUUCCAACCGUCAUCAUGUUGAGGAGCCUGUUGAGCAGCCUGUUGAAGAAUCUGAAGUGAACCCGUCUGCCUCGCUCAAUGAAUGGCUUGUGUUUCCUACUAGUCAGGAUUUUGAGGUUCCAGCUGCGUACAAGCAUCUGUAUGAGAAACACAGGUCUAUUUAUGGUCGUGAUCUUGACACCACUCUCAAGAAUUUUGGUGUUGGUUUGAAGCAAAUGCAUUCGCAGCGCAUGGCAGCUUUGCUUAUUGACAUAGAUGCAGCAAAGAAAGAAGGUGAUGGUCCUAGUGUGCAUUUCCCAAACGGAGGUGGAGUUGAAGAUGAAAAUAUGGACGGUGCUGACAGACAUGAUGAUGAAGGUACUUCCAAUCAUGAUGAUGAAGAAAUCCCGGCAGCUGAUUCUGAAGAAACAGACAACGACGAGUUUGUUGUCGAAGCAAGGGCUGCUGUCAUGGACUCACGCACACUCGUCGUGGAUAUGCCGCAAUCUGCUGUUCUGUUGGAUUCUUCUACUGGUGGAGAUGUUGCUGGUGAACAGGUUUCUGUUGACAGCCCUGUGACGUCACCUAUAAACUCACCAUUUGCUCGUAUACCGGAGGGUAUAUCUGUAGAAGCUUGGAAUAGAGCCCCUGACCCUCCAUCAAUGGAUCUAUUCUCUCAGGAUCCAGAUGGAGUUGUUGUGUCUGAAGAUCAAAUCACUAUUCCUGCAGAAGAAAUUACUCCGCCUGCUGAUGUUCCUUCUGUAGUGAAGCUAGACGACACAUCUUCUGAGCAGCCUAAAGUUAUGGAGGCUACAACACCACCCAUACCAUCCAGGGAUACUGAAGAUCACUUGGGCGAGAACGUGUCACCGCAACAUCCUACAAACACAGGUGCAGAAGUUUCAGUUAUUAAGAGAGCUAGACUUGUUGCUGCCGAUGGCAAACUAAGUCUGAUUGCUGGUAUUCCUUUAAAUGUGGGCUCAACUGUUCUUGUGGCUGAAAGAAGCCCUUCUCCUUCUGAUGUUGCUGCAGAUGUUGUCACCAAAGAUGCUAGUACUGGUGCUAAAACUGUUGAAAAGAAAACUAGGUACAAGAGGGCUGCCAAGGGUGAACUCUCACCUCCGAAGCUGAAGAAGAUUAAGGUCUCUCAAGAUGUUGUGCGUAAGUACGACAAAUAUGUUUCACAUGGACGGAAAUUCAAGAGGAAGAAGAAGAAUGAAGUGCCCAAAGAGUUUCUGAAGAUUGGUCGAUUCUUUUGCUCGUACAAGUCCUUCGUUGGAGCUCUUCGUCCACGCCAAUAUUUGAGCAACGUUGUGAUGGCAGUUUGGACAGAGAAGUUCAAUCAUGCAGCAAAAGCAAGUGCUGAGAAGAAUCCCCGAAAUCACAAGAGAUAUGCUUUCUCUCCGUACUUUGCGGAAAAGCUUGCUGUAGAAACCUCUACUUUUGACCCUGCCUCUGUCAUGAAAGAGUUCAAAAUUGCAUGUAGCAAAUUCAAAAUUCUGAAAGAUGACAUGCUUUACCUGCCCAUUGUACAAGCCGAUCACUGGAUUGUAUGCUGCAUCAACUUGCUGUGCAAGCAAUUUCACAUUUUUGAUUCAAUGAUGCCAGAGAAUGGUGUGAGCACCUUAGCAAAAGCAGCAAACAACUUGUUCUCCAACUUCGUCCGGACUGCAAACGAGUCCAAAGUUUCAUGGGUUGACUUUGGGAAAUUCAAGGAAAUCACACCUGACCAUCCACAGCAAGACACUUUGUAUGACUGUGGAUUCUACAGCAUUCUUUACAUGGAGCACUUCAAUGGGAAAGUCAUGCCAAAUUUCGAGAAUGAUGUAGUUCCAGAUUUUCGAAGGUUGCUCGCAGCAAGCCUAAUCGACAACAGGGAUAACCAGAGUGAUGAUGUCGACGUGAUAAUGAACGAGGAUUUGCAGCAGGGAUAGUUUAGCUUUUUGUUCAAAACACAUGGUGUUGCUGCCUUUUGUAACUGUAACCAUGUACUGGAACAUGGAGUAGAACUAGGCUUCUGGUGAUGGUUCUAUAUGUUGGACCUGUUAGUUGAAUGAUCAGUUCUUUUUAUGUUUUCUCAGUACAAUCUACCAGAUAUAAGUUUAAUGUUGGCUCUGGAAUAUGGAUGAUGUUUUGAGUUUAAGUAUGA